GACGGCGUAGUGAUACCACUAGAGCUCGUUCGGUUAACACGGACUCCAUUGCUGUUCUGGGUUUUGAGUGCGUUUCACGUCGGCCCGAUAGCUUCAAUAUUACUAGCCUACACAAGGCUUUAUAUUCACGUUCAAACUUCUAACGGAAUUAUUUAUUAAUAAAUACUACUUGCAACAAAAUCAUUAGUUUAUAAUAACAAAGAUUCAGUUAAAUUGAGUGUAAAUAAUAUUAUCAAAAUUUUCAUUUUUCAAAAUUAACAUUUAUUUCCGGGAUUUUUUUUUGGUUAAAAAAAUUCAUUCUGUGUGAAUUGUGAAGAGGAUUACUUUACUUAUCUGACUCUUUAUCUUCAAUUAUCUUCGACUUUUUCCAGUCUUGAUUAUUUUGAGAAUAUCUAUUAAAACAAGCCAACAUGGCUGAUCAACUUACAGAAGAACAAAUUGCUGAAUUCAAAGAGGCAUUCUCGCUGUUUGAUAAGGAUGGUGAUGGUACUAUUACAACAAAAGAAUUAGGUACUGUAAUGCGUUCAUUGGGUCAAAAUCCAACAGAAGCAGAACUUCAAGAUAUGAUCAAUGAAGUGGAUGCUGACGGCAAUGGAACGAUUGAUUUUCCGGAGUUUCUAACGAUGAUGGCACGUAAGAUGAAGGACACUGACAGCGAAGAGGAAAUCAGAGAGGCCUUCAGGGUGUUUGAUAAGGACGGAAAUGGUUUUAUAUCAGCUGCAGAAUUGAGACAUGUGAUGACAAAUCUUGGUGAGAAAUUGACUGAUGAAGAAGUCGAUGAAAUGAUUCGAGAGGCGGAUAUUGAUGGCGAUGGCCAAGUUAAUUAUGAAGAAUUCGUCACAAUGAUGACGUCAAAGUGAACGUAACUUACGUGUAAGGAUAAUUUUCAAUUUGGAGUGGUGUUGACGUACUAAGAUAAAAAAAAAAAUUAAAUACGAAAAAAAUAAUACGAAGUAAAAAAUUUCAUUAAAGAAAAUUUUAAGUGAAUAGACAACAGCAACAACAGCCGCCGUACAUCUAUGAUAACAGUAACAACAGCAAAAACAGGAUUAACAUAAUGAUAAAAUAUAAUUUUUAAAGAAGUAAAUGAAUCAACAGCUGAUAAGAAAAAA